AUGCAGCAGCGCCAGCCCCACCGAACAAGGCGUCGCGAGGGCGAUCUCGAGUCAGGAUCCGACGUUGGCAUGCCGCAAAUACCGCACAUACCGCCUGAUCACACAACUGAGCACGCAUCUGAUGGAAUGUUGGGGCUUCUCGCGAGACAUGCAGAGAAGCAAUCACCACUCCAUCAUCAGCACAAGCUGCACCGAAAGCGACAGUAUUUGUCGCAAAUGCCAAGGCCUACAGUGAUCCCCGAGGCUGGAGCAAGUGCCUGGCACCCGUCCACAAGGCAAUUAGAAAUUGACCAAGAUGCAUCAAAUUUAUUCAGUACUUGUAAUGCUGAAUCUUCUCAGGAUGACAAAGUCUCGCUUGCAUCACCGCUAGUCGCGUUUCUCGGCCGGCCGUCCAAGGUUGAGUCUUCUCGCUUAAAUGAUAAUAUGAUGUCACCGCGCUCCGUUUGGGAAGAGAGUCCUCUUAAAGAGCAUCUGGAUCCUACAGCAAGCCCAAGGCACACAGACACUUCAAAUAAUCAACUCGUCCCGAUACCACACGCGACGUCUCCGUGGCGUAUACAACACCUUCUCUCACCGGAUCCGGCCGUGUAUGUUCAGCCAAACACUUCUCCUAAACUUUGCAUACCUCAAUCGCCACCGCGUCAUUCUGACAUUGCAUUCAAAAAUGCUAAACGUCCCCGUCUCGCUCGUCGUGUGUCAUCGCAGUGGCGCCAAGAUUUGUCACAACGGGAUCGCGCCAAAACGCGCGAGCGCAUUAUGCGCAGCUUACAUAUGCACUGUCAAGGUGAUUAUGAGCAGCUCGUGUUGAUACUUUCGUCCAUGGAUGAAGAAUUACUGCAUAUAAAAACGACUUCAAAUGCUUUAUAUCAGCAACAGGCUUGUGGACUCAGCGACCUCGUCAAGAACGCAAAGCUUGAACGCUGA